UUGUGUUAUAUUAUAGCGACUCAAUGAAUCGUUACUAACAGUAACUCUAUCUUUUAAAUUCAGGAUUUCUGCCCAAAUCCUGGAGGUUGUGAACCACUGCCAAUAAAAUUACAACUAGCAUUAGACUAUUUUUCUUGGAUUGGAGCUUCAUUGUCUAUCAUUGGAUUGAUUCUUACUCUAAUGACAUUGCUUGGAUUUAAGAAACUGCGUCAGAGAGAUGCUUCCAAGUAUCACAUCCAGUUGUGUCUUGCAAUGUUGCUAUCACUCAUUUUCUUUCUUAUUGGAAUUGAGGCAAAAAUAUAUACAGGCACCUGUGUUGCAGUAGCAGGACUAGUACAGUACUUCAUCCUGGUUUCAUUCAUGUGGAUGGGUGCUGUUGCAUUGCUGAUGUUCCAGAAGUUGGUUAUUGUGUUUGUGAAUAUCACAACUAGGUUUAUUGUGAUCAUCUCCUUAAUUUGUUGGGGUGUUCCUGCAUUACUGGUUAUCCCUCUGACAGCAGCAAGCGGAGACCUGAUGAUUACGGUGACUAACGACAUGGAUAAUUGUACAAAGCAACCUACUGAAAACAAAACUAUUAGAUCUUGCUUUACUAGUGACCCAGGGAUAUUGUACGGAACACUUCUCGGUCCCAUAAUUGUGGUGAUUCUUUUCAAUUUCGUCAUAUUUUUCUGCAUACUUGUGGUUCUUUCCAAGCAUACAAAGAAGAAGUAUAAACGAGCUGUAAACCCUCGAAGAUUGGUAAUGAAAUUCGUAAUCAACAUCUUUGGCAUUGUGUCCUUGUAUGGUUUCACCUGGCUCUCUGCGUUUUUGGUAGCCACACAGGAAAGAACAGCAAACUAUACCUUUCAGGUAAUCUUCACCGUACUAAACUCUCUCCAGGGGUUUUUCUUGUUCAUCUUCUUCUGUGUUAUUAGUAAAGAUUCAAGAGAUGCUUGGAAAGGAAUCAUUUGUCGAGGAAGACCAAGAAGUAAGCCGACUAACAAGCAAAGUAGUAGUGGUCAUACUGGUCAAACUGGUCAAACAGCAAGUACUCUCGCUAGACGCCGCCAUGAUAGUACUAUGUCAUAUUCUACUUCCACAAUGGGAAGAAGAUACACUGGAGCAGACUCCAGCAUGAAGGGGACAUUAGAGAGGAGGCCCAGUACCAGUAUACUAGGCACAAGCUCAGUUGUGAGUACCCUCAACAAAAGAGACAUACAUUUGAGUAGCAUGCCUCAUGACAUUGCUGAAGAGCCUAAACUGAAUAAUGAAUACAUAAUCGCAAACGAAAAUACUGAAAUUGAAACUGAAUGCUACAUAACCGGCCCUACUACAAGUCCCAUUAUACCCAUGGAUGCUGAGGAAGGUGGUGCUUCUGUUAUCGAGAACGUGGAAGCAUUGAUUAAUGAUCAAGAUUGUCGUGGGAGAGAAAGCGGUGAAUACAUACAAACUGAUGGAGAGCUAAAUGCUGAGGAAGGUGGUGCUUCUGUUAUCGAGAACGUGGAAGCAUUGAUUACUGAUCAAGAUUGUCGUGGGAGAGAAAGCGGUGAACACAUACAAACUGAUGGAGAGCUAAAUAGCAAAUCCAUUUGCUCACAUUUAGACUUAACUUUACAGUAGCCCACAUAUUGAUGGGUUAAACUUAUGGUUAUAGGUGUGAAGUGUGCAUACUGACAGAAUAUGUAGAAUCUAUCUGGAGUGUGUUCAGUAAGCCAUAGCCGAUAUAAAUAACUAUUUAGUCUUGCAAGUCAGCCGUUUAUUUCAACUUCUGCGAGACUACAAAAAUUAAUAAACAAUAACAAAACCAAAGUUUGCAUUGCACAUGUACAAAGCACUAUAUAACAUGCAUGGACCUAGGUGAAAGUUA